AUGGCCACCAUUUCCAUCAACGCACCGGGAGCAACAGGCUUCCUAUACAACAACGCCUCCGGUAAAGCGCGACUGUGCAUUUCGGCUGAGACGCCGGAUUUCGACACGGAGACGUUGCGGAACUGGCGCGAUGAGGGCUUCGAUGUGAUCUAUGUCCCAUAUGAUGGUGACCAAAGAGAGUAUGUUGCCCGACUAAAGAGUGUAAAGGAAGGACUGGGGGUCGGAGAGAAUUAUGCCGUGCUUGCCUUCGGAGACGCUGCCUCAUUCUGUUUGGACUAUUACCUGAAACCCACCAACUGUAGUCGACUUUGCGCUUUGGUCACCUAUUAUCCCACCAACAUUCCCGACACCCGGUCGCGGUACCCACCUUCCGUCCGGAUCUUGACGCAUUUGGCGGGGACCACUGUCGACGUGACAACUAUUCCGACUUUGGUGGGACUGCAGGGGAAGAAGAAGCGGAGAACUCGACAGAUCAAUCCGGGUAUGGGAACCGGCGAGCGGUUGAACAUCGGCCAUACGGCGUAUACGUAUGAGUAUGUGCAGCCCGGAUUCGCAGAGCAUGAUCUAGACGAGUAUGAUCGACUGGCGUGCGACCUGGCGUUUAGUCGAACGUUGCAGGUUCUGCGGAGAGGAUUCAACAAGGAUAUUGAUCUGGAAGAAAGAUGGGAGGAACAUCUUGAAGCCAAGUUCUUCUCCAUGAAUCUGUCCAACACAAUGGAAGCAUAUGUGAGCCAUAUCAACCCCGCCGUGACAUACGUCCCCACGGUAAGCGGGGGCAUCGGCAACCACGCUCUGCGGCGGUUCUACGAGCAGAACUUCCUGCGUCAGCUACCGCCUUCGAUGCGGUUGCGGUUAAUUUCACGGACAAUCGGGGUUGACCGGGUGGCUGAUGAACUGCACGCGACAUUCCAGCACACACAGGAGGUUCCUUGGAUGUUGCCCGGUGUGCCGCCUACUAAUAAGCAGGUGGAAGUUAUCCUCGUUAGCAUUGUCAGCCUGCGGGCGGGUAGACUGUACUCUGAGCAUGUAUAUUGGGAUCAGGCUAGUGUUCUGGUCCAGGUCGGAUUGCUGGAUCCAAAGCUUGUCCCUCAGGGGGUACAUGGAGUUGAUCGGUUGCCUGUAGUUGGACGGGAGGCUGCUAGACGGAUUUUGGAUGAGAAUCCCGAGGUUGAAAAGAAAGAGUACCACAACCGAUUGAUUCGCAGAGCGAAAGCUAAGAAGAAAGGAAAGGACGGUGUGACGCCUGGAGUAGACGAAUCUGGGACGGAAUACUUCAAAAGCGAAGCUGAGAAGCCGCUAGAGAACGGCAAGGGCAAGGGAAAGACGGUUCAAAAACAGCCACCAGAGCAUGGACCGGAGGGUAACGAGAGCCACAGGAACGACAAUACAGAGGAUAACCAGGACAACAAGGAGGAGGAAGAUGGACAAGAUAGGGCUCAAACACCUACUCCGUUCAAGGGCUCUGCAUCAGUGGAAGAUGCAAAUGACGAAGAAUGA